AUGGAGAUUAAUGAGCUUAUUGGUAAGAGAGGUGGCGUCGGUUCAGCAAUCACAUCUGAGACAUUCACCGGUGCGUUCGGCAACAUUGAGAAAGAGCUUAACCAGAUUGCGGAGUUGGUUAGUGACACAAGGCAAAGUUCCUUUGGAGGAUUAGGCCCGAACAGGCACAGCCUGAAAGAGUUCUUGAAACGGCUUAAAGAUGGGCUUGAUAAUAAGCGACUUGGUGACGCAGAAAAGGGCCUUGGUGCAAUCACAAAGGCAACUGGAAACGUGCAAAGUAACAAGUUCGGUCCUAAAUCGAGGGAGAUUGAAAAAGCCGUCAAAGAUAUUAAGGCGCAUGUUGAAGAGCUUAGAAAGAAGUUGCUGAAUGAGAGAGGAAAAGAUAUCAUCUACACUUUGACUGACAUUAAGUCUGUUGGUCUUGGCUAUGGUGAAGCUUUUUGGACGACAGUUAAGGGUCAAAAUAUUGGUGGUCUCGGUAGCAUUCAAAAGCACCUUCAAGAGCAGAAUGAAGAAUUGCCGAAGCAAACGAAACUCAUUGACGCAGCCAUCGAUGAUAUUAGGUAUGAACUGUUUCAGGUCGGAAUCAGGUUGAAUCACAAAAACGAAACCGACGAUGUCAUCGACCAACUAGAUUGGUUAAGAAGAAAGAUUGGUAUACGUGACGCAAAACACGGAAAUCUUCUUAAAAUUCAAAAUGAGAUUCGUCGGCUACAAAGCGAAACGUUUACUGAGAAACCCGACGCAGUUGACAAGGCUAAGACAGCAAUUGAAUCAGAACUUAAAAGGCUUCGGGGCGUGUUGGAAGGUGAGAGGGACAAUGAUGUUAUCGUGACGUUGAGAGAUUUGAGAGACGUUGGCUUAAGUGAAAACAAAUGGAAUAAACACAAAAACACAAAAGGUCUUAAGCAAAUCGAAGAGGAACUUAAAUCCCAACAGGAAUCGUUGACCAAACAACCCGAGCAAAUAAAUUCAGGCGUCAACCUGAUUACCAAGCAGCUUGAUGAGCUGAGAACCGCGUUGCAGAGCAGAAACGGAAAUCCAAAAGAUGACGUGAUAAACAGUUUAGAAGAUUUCUUAAGCUUUGGUUUAAACGGUAGCAAUUGGCAGAAUGGUAAACCUGGUCUCGGUCAAAUUAAACAAGACAUUCAAGGGCAGAAUGCGAAGUUGUCACAGGCAAGUGACAGAAUUGAGCAAGCAACAGAUAGGGUCCUCCGCGAGACGGAAGAUAUGCUUAGAAAGGUUCAAAACAAUUUAGGUCCUGAAUUAGUGCCUUAUGAUACCAUCACGUCAUAUUUACGUCAGCUGAAGGAGAAAAUUGGGAAAGAAAAUGGUAAUGGCGAGGGUCUUCAAGGCAUCCAAAGAGAGAUUAGUAGGAUGCAAGGAGAUGCGUUUAAAAGCAAUCCCGAAAAAAUUGGACAAGCAGAACGAGAAAUUGCGAACGGACUUAGAAAGCUACAAAGUGAGUUGGAUGGUCAUGUUACCAAUCCGUUGAGAGAUGUGAUACAACAGGGGUUAGGUGGCGGUGACAAAUGGAAUGGCCAUAAUGCCAAGAGUUUUGAUCAUAUUGAGAGUAACCUUGAAAGGCAACAACGUGUAUUGACCGACCAACCCGAAAUAAUAAGCUCAGGUAUGAAGGAGAUAACUGACGAACUUCAGAGUCUCCGAACCGAGUUGCAGGGCACGGACAGCGACGAUCCCGAAAACAGAGGCGUGAUCAAGAACUUGGAAUUCAUGACAAAGCAGAUCGGCAAUAACGACGAUGAAGGCCUUAAGAAGAUUAAGCGUGAAAUGGAGUCCCUCAAGAACGACCAGGGCAAAGGGAUCACUGACAGUUUGGAUAAGAUGAGCUUAGCCAUCCAAAAAGCUGGUGCCCAUGCCGGCUGGAACCUGGGUCAGCUGGAGGAUCCACAUAUCGACGGCAAACUCAAAGACAUACAAGAUGGUCUCACCAACCUCCGACUCACCGACCUUGCCGAGGCCAUCAAGUUAUGCGACAACUUCCUCAGAGAUGCCGACGAGAUAGAGAAGAACACCAUCGCAGCCCUUUUAACGCACGUCGACGAUGAGGUGGAAGAUGCCAUCAAGGACCUCACCAAGGUGGCCCGCACGCUGUACGUGGACUCGGUGAGGGAGGCGUUGGAAUUGUUUGCCAAGAAGGUGGAUGAGGAUUUGGAGCAGCUGCCAAAUGAGAUAGACAGAGAUAGGUACAUGGGCUAUAAAGGGUUCAUGAAGUACUUGCAAGGACCGCUGAGCUCCGAUCUAACAGGUGACGAACAGAGCGUCGCAGAAUUGUCAUCCGCAUUCCAGGAGGUCUUCGAGCAAAUGGAGAAGUAUGUAAAAGGGGAGCUCACCAGGCUGCACGAUGAGCAGAACAGAGAGCGAAAUCCCUCAUUGCCACCAACCGAAGAUCCCUACACGCCUAAGCUCAAAGAUGUUUAUGACGCGUUGACUGCGCUGCUCGCCUACCUUAGAGACAAUGAUGACGGUGCCGACAAACUCACCGAGCUGGUUGAGAGGCUGACCAAGGCGCUGGGUGAUUUCGUACCCUCCGACUUCAAGCACCCGUGCACUCCGCUGCUGGACACUGUCUCUCGCGGACUUUCCAAAUUUGCCUGUGAGUUUAACAACACGUACAUCUCAGCCUACUCCGGUCAGCGGUGCAGGGAGGAGCACGCCCACAAGUACGCCAAGGUGUUACUCAGCCUGAUACCUACGACGUACACAGCGCUUACCAAGUUGGCGACGAAAUGUGAGAGUGAGUGGAAAUCGUUUCAUAUUUGUGAGUUGACUGCUGACGACAGGGACAAUCCCCUUGGCAACUACCUCACGAGGUGCGGGUACAGGGUGUGCAGUUCCGGGAGUGAGCAGGACGCCGAGUUGAACCACAUGUUUACUGGCGGUGGGAUUUACGAACUACUUACCACCCCGAUAGAGGGCGUGGCCAUCGAGAUGAUGAUUGACGGUGAACCACUCAACAAUGGAAUUAACUUGAUCCACAUCAUAUCGCUGCUCUACAACACCCUAUGCCACUACUUCCAGGUGUGCCACAUCUAUGUUUCCCCUGAGCCACGGUACCCCUGCACAGUCAGGGACAUGCUGUCGUGGCUCUCCGGGCUGCAGUAUACACAAGUGGCAGACAAGCUGCCUGGCCACUGCAAGGCGUUGCUCAACCGCCGAUGCCACGAUGGCGACACCCCCAACAGGGACGAUCCCAUCAUGGCCAAGUGCAUUGGUGAGCUACCAUUAACCAUCGCUAGAACAUGUUCAAACUCCACUGCCCUGCUCACCGUUAUCCAGGGCAACGGCCACGGCUUCGACCUGGCAGCCUACCCGUAUUCGGUGGACUUCUCCAACAACCGCGCCAGGCUCCACUACCACGUUGACCCUGUCGCACUGCUUGAUAUGCUACGUGAGAUAGCGUGCCGUCUAUGUAGAGUGCUCUACUUCCUGUACUCCCAGUGCUGCCGCAGCACCGCCCGGGUAAAGGGGUGGAGGGAGUGCACAUACGGCCGGCAGGUGCAGUCACACCACUGGCAGUGUAAUACAUUGGGGAGAGGCUUCACUAAUACUACAACUACUACUACCAGUACUACUACCACUUCCUCCACCACCACCACUUAG